ACAACAAACAACUGACAGCUCAAUACCGGCGAUGUGUCGUUUCGGUCGUUUUUAAUUACAUAUACACGAAUACAUAACGUUAUCACAAUCAAAACAUUGUUGCAGUAAGAAGGACGGAACCUGAAAUUUGGAAUAAUAUACUCUCGAAAAACUCAUCCAUAAUGGCACUUUUCAACUCGUUCGAAUUUAUCGCCUUCGGCUCGAGCUUCAACAUACCGCUGCCACUGAUUGUGAACAUGCUAAUAUCCAUCGGCGCAUUUUACGUGAGUCAACAUCUGAUCCCGCGUAUGAAGGCGAUGUUCAUCAAUGCGAAUCUCUCGGGAGUAGACAUGAACAAAGCGACCAAGAUAAGAAUUCCUGAGGCAUUCGGAGUUGUAACGGGUUGCAUAUUCUUGGUAUCGUUGUUUCUGUUCAUCCCGAUACCUUUUGCAAGUAAUUUCUCGAAAGAUGAUACUGGAGAGUUUCCGCAUCAUAAGUUUGUAGAAUUCAUUGCUGCUAUGCUGUCCAUCUGUUGUAUGAUUCUGCUAGGAUUUGCCGAUGAUGUGCUUAAUCUUCGAUGGCGUGAUAAGCUCUACCUGCCGACGAUAGCAUCGCUGCCUUUACUAAUGGUGUACUACACUAACUUUAACUCGACAACGAUUAUUUUGCCCAAAUUUGUAGCCAGCUUUGUGGGGACCUCACUAGAUAUCGGUGCACUGUACUACGUAUACAUGGGUAUGCUGGCGGUGUUUUGUACAAAUGCUAUUAACAUACUAGCAGGAAUCAACGGGCUGGAAGUAUGCCAAUCUUUGGUGAUUGCGGUGUCGAUCAUUGUUUUCAAUCUGGUGGAGAUUAUUGUUGGAAACAGCAAAGAGGCGUACGAAUUUUCGCUGUAUAUAUUACUGCCCUAUGUGGGAGCAACGCUGGCGUUGUGGAAAUAUAAUCGGUAUCCAUCACAGGUCUUCGUGGGGGACACCUUCAACUAUCUAUCGGGAAUGACCUUCGCAGUAGUCGGAAUUUUGGGACAUUUCAGCAAAACCGUUCUCCUCUUCUUCAUCCCUCAAAUUAUCAAUUUCAUUUAUUCCGUUCCCCAGCUGUUCCGCCUCAUUCCCUGUCCGAGGCAUCGCCUUCCCAAGCAUGACCCAAAAACGGAUUUGCUGAACUACAGUAAAACCCAGUUUCGUGUGAGUGAUCUAAACAUUUUAGGAAAAUUUUGCUACGUCGUGUUCAAAAGUUUGCGACUGAUUCGCAGCGAUGAGGACAAAGACGGCGUAGUGGUUUGUAAUAACUUUACGAUUAUUAACUUUGCAAUACUGAUUACCGGUCCGAUUCGGGAGGAUAGGCUUAAUCGGUUGUUAACCAUGUUCCAAGUGAUCUGCUCGGUGUUUGCGUUCGCUAUCCGGUACCCGCUGGCGCAUUAUUUUUAUGAUACCAGCAACUAGAUUUUUUUUAGAAAACUGUUAAAUUAUGCGAUAAAGUGUUAGCCAAAGUCACCUAUUUUCGUUUAACUUUAAAGAAGUUAAAAUAUAGAUCCGAUGGAUUUAGAAAAAAAUAUUUUAAAAUUGUUAUUUACGCCGAAAAAAACGAUUUCACUCAUUAUUAUUGCGCGAUUCAUUAGAAACGUGCGUUGAUCGUUAUAA